GUAAAUUGCCCCUUUUAUACACGGAAAUGACUACUGUCAACAUGCCGACACAUGUGUGGCAUGCUUGAAAUAAAUGAAUGUACUCUUUCUGUGAUGUUUAUGACAAUUUAAAUAAUAACAAAUAUAGAGAACAACUACCAACAUGAAGUUUGCUUACAGGUUUUCCAAUUUGUUGGGAGCUGUGUAUCGUCGUGGGAAUCUGAGUUUCUCUAAGGAUGGCAACUCUGUGAUAAGUCCGGUGGGAAACCGCAUCUCCGUCUUUGAUCUAAAAAACAACAAGUCAGAGACACUGCCAGUGUCCACUGCCAAGAACAUCACCUGUGUCGGCCUCUCCCCCGAUGGGAACCUGGCUAUACUGGUGGAUGAAGAUGGAGCCGCGUUGCUGAUCAGCCUGAUCACAAGGGCUGUUCUCCAUCACUUCCACUUCCACAAACCUGUGGCCAGUAUCCGCUUCUCUCCUGAUGGCAGGAAGUUUGUGGUAACCAAGGAGAAUGUAGCGUUGAUGUACCACGCUCCCGGGAGGAACCGGGAGUUCAAUGCCUUUGUCUUGGACAAGAGCUACUACGGACCCUACGAUGAGACCACCUGCAUCGACUGGACCGACGACUCCAAGUGCUUUGUGGUGGGCAGCAAAGACAUGUCUACCUGGGUGUUUGGAGCCGAGCGCUGGUCCAACCUCAUCUACUACUCUCUGGGGGGACACAAGGACAUCAUGGUGGGCUGCUUCUUCGAGAAGGACAGUUUAGAUUUGUACACAGUGAGCCAGGACGGGACGCUGUGUGUGUGGGAGAGUGAUACGGAGCUGGACGGGCUGGUUCUGAGAAAGACCAGGCUACCAGCGGAGAGAGGAGAGGAGGAGGAGAGAGGAGAAGGAGAGGAGGAAGAGCCCAGAGGAGAGGUGAUCAGAGGGAAAGGAGAAAGACCCAAGGAGAAGGAGGGAACCAAGAACGUCAGAUACAAACAGAGGAGCAAACACUUCUUUAACAAGGAGGGUGACUUCAACAACCUGACGGCUGCAGCGUUCCAUAAGCCCACACACAUCCUGGUGACUGGGUUCGCCUCGGGGAUCUUCCAUCUCCACGAACUGCCCGAGUUCAACCUCAUCCACUCCCUAAGUAUCUCAGACCAGAGGAUCGCCACAGUGUCAAUGAACAGCUCUGGCGACUGGAUAGGCUUUGGCUGCUCAGGUCUGGGCCAGCUGCUGGUGUGGGAGUGGCAGAGUGAAUCCUACGUGUUCAAACAGCAGGGACACUUCAACAACAUGGCCGCCCUGGCUUACUCCCCCGACGGACAGUACAUCGCUACAGGAGGGGAUGAUGGGAAAGUGAAAGUGUGGAACAUGACCAGCGGCUUGUGCUUCGUCACAUUCACAGAACACAACUCUGUCACUAACGUCACCUUCACCUCCAGAGGCUUUGUCAUCGUCAGCGCCUCCCUGGAUGGAACGGUCCGAGCCUUCGACCUGCACAGGUAAGAGAAGACACCUGGU